AUGGCAGGCUAUCCCGGCAACGAGCGCCACUCGCAAUAUCGUCGGUCUAGCGAUUAUACUUCGCUCGGCGAUGCACUCGGAGGGCAGCCCGUAUACCCUCCGCACUCCCAGAGUCAAUCUCAGUCACAGCCUUCUCGUGGGCAUACUAGUGGACAACAACCUCCACAGUACCCCGCAUACUCGGUUCAACAGCCUCAGCCGGCUCACCAUCAAAAUUACCACCAACCCCAGAACUGGUCCACGGACCACUGGGGUCAUCCACAACAACAGUCUGGGUACCCCAAUCCGUCUCAACACCAUCAGCAAGGUCUAGCUGGACCAUCGCCUGGGCCCUCGAAUGCACGCCCAUCAUCUCCUCAUGUCGCCCGCCGACCAACUGCUAAUGCCCGCCACGGAAGUGUGAUAUCUCGCACCGCUUCCCCGCGAUCAUCUGCGGCCUCCCCGCCACCCAACAAUUUUUCUCAGAUCGCUGGAACGUAUCAAAGCAUCAUGCACGCCAUUCCCGGAGACCGCCCGCCCGACUCUGCAGUUCUUCAACGUAUGUUGGCCGCCGCAACGCAGGGACAACGGCAGCUUGCUGGAAUGACCCCGCCGCCGCCGCCGCCUCCACAUCGCGCUUCGUCGAUACCAUCGCCUGCGCCCAUCUCAGCGCACACACCCGCCCCCAGUCAGCAUAUGCCUCAGCCGGCGAGUCCCAGUUCGAGUUCAAACACGUCAGGAUCCAACCCCGGGCACUUUGUACAACAGCAGGCGGACACCGGGCAGGCAUGCUUGGGAUGUGGUGCAACCCAAACGCCCGAAUGGCGUCGAGGCCCGUUAGGUCCCCGAACGCUCUGCAACGCGUGCGGACUCGUCUAUGCGAAGAUGCUCAAGAAGCGCCAAAACGAACCUGCGGGGUCUACUAGUCUUUAUGGCAUCAACGACGAGGACGAGGAUGGGAACAGUCCCUCCUAUGCUCCACGAUAA